ACGGAACGAAAGGGACAAGAAUCCAGAACCCAGGUGUCAUAACCUUACGACCCCGAAUCUCGGGGCCCCUUGAGCCACCGUCUAUGGCCACCUCUUUAAAACCACCGAUUGGGUUGCGCUUCCUCAAACCACCACCGCUUUCCGCCGCAACCACCGUAUCGUUCAAGUUUCCAACAACUCAGCUUCUCAGAAUCAACUGCGCGUACUCCUCUUUCGAAGUUAGAGAUGUUAGCUAUCAACCCCCCGGGACUCAGCUCAGACUUCUAAAUUCAGUUAGUUUUUCACUUCCGGAAAAAAGUUUUGGUCUAAUUUUCGGACAGAGUGGAAGCGGAAAAACAACUCUCUUGCAGCUUCUUGCAGGAAUAAGCAAACCAACCUCUGGAUCUAUUUACACCCAAAAAUAUGGGAAUGAUGGAAGUCCUAGUGGAUCUCCCGAGCCCUUGGUGUCAGAAAGGGUUGGUAUUGUCUUCCAGUUUCCUGAGAGGUAUUUUGUGGCUGAUAAUGUGCUUGAUGAGGUCACUUUUGGGUGGCCAAGGCAAAAGCAUAGCUAUCAAUUAAGGGAGAAUCUUGCUCUAGGGCUACAAAGGGCAAUUAACUGGGUUGGAUUAAAUGGAAUACCAUUGGAUAAAAAUCCUCACUCCCUCAGUGGUGGUUACAAACGUCGACUUGCUUUGGCAAUACAAUUAGUGCAAAUCCCUGAUUUAUUGAUAUUGGAUGAGCCUCUUGCUGGACUUGAUUGGAAAGCACGCGCAGAUGUUGUGAAGCUUUUGAAGCAUCUAAAAAAAGAAUUAACUGUGCUUGUUGUCAGCCAUGAUUUGAGAGAGUUCGCAAGUCUAGUUGAUCGAUCAUGGAGGAUGGAAAUGGGUGGCAACCUUAGAGAGGAGUUUUUACCAUUAUAAUUUAUAUUCAUUGACUUGUUAAUCAGCAUGGGCUGUUACGAGGGGAAUGUGUCUCUAGUCCUAGACCCAAUAAUUGCAAGGGGAUAGGCAUACCCGAUUCGUGCAAAUUCCUCCAAUGAGCUCAACCUUGGCAUCUUCAUUUUUAGCUAGACGCCGAGCAGAUGUCAAACAUGGAAGUUGCCGCGUUUUGAGGAUUAAGAUGAUUUGGUAGUAAGGACAAAGCCAGGUCAUAGUCAUUCAAAUGUUGUAACCAAAACAAACACUAGGUCUUCAGAGUUAUGGGUCACUUCGGGGUCAGUGCAGUAUACAGGUGAGGCCCAUGUCAAGGAUAGAUGGUGACCAUGUGAAUUCCAGGAGGUUAAUGAAUUUGGAUAUGGUUGACCCUUGUCAUUUGACAACAUGGUUAGACUCAAUCUCUUCCCAUAAUCCCUGAAUAGUAACCUUUUCUUUUCCAGUUACAAGUUUUCUUCACCCCAAGAAUAUGGAACUAAUUCUUGCUCCUGAUACUAAGGCUUUGAAUGUGAAUUAAUUCUUGCUAAAAAUAGUAUGGUUGUUCCUUGCCAGUGUUAGU